CGCGCGGAGGCGUGGCCAUAGCCGCCCUGAAAAUCUACCCAGGCUGCCUUAGCACCAUGUACCGAGCGCUCCGGCUCCUCGCGCGCUCGCGUCGCCUCGCGCGGGCUCCUGCCUCCGCCUCAGCUUCGGCUUCCGGCUUGGGCGGCGCGGCCGUGCCCUCGUUUUGGCCCCCGAACACGGCUCGAAUGGCAAGCCAGAACUCCUUCCGGAUAGAAUAUGAUACGUUUGGUGAGCUGAAAGUGCCGAAUGAUAAGUACUAUGGGGCCCAGACCGUGAGAUCUACCAUGAACUUUAAGAUUGGAGGUGUGACAGAACGCAUGCCAACCCCAGUUAUUAAAGCUUUUGGCAUCUUGAAGCGAGCGGCUGCUGAAGUAAACCAGGAUUAUGGUCUUGAUCCAAAGCUUGCCAAUGCAAUAAUGAAGGCAGCAGAUGAGGUAGCUGAAGGUAAAUUAAAUGAUCAUUUUCCUCUCGUGGUAUGGCAGACUGGAUCAGGAACUCAGACAAAUAUGAAUGUAAAUGAAGUCAUUAGCAAUAGAGCAAUUGAAAUGUUAGGAGGUGAACUUGGCAGCAAGAAACCUGUGCAUCCCAAUGAUCAUGUUAAUAAAAGCCAGAGCUCAAAUGAUACUUUUCCCACAGCAAUGCACAUUGCUGCUGCAAUAGAAGUUCAUGAAGUACUGUUACCAGGACUACAGAAGCUACACGAUGCUCUUGAGGCCAAAUCCAAAGAGUUUGCGCAGAUCAUCAAAAUUGGACGCACUCAUACUCAGGAUGCUGUUCCACUUACUCUUGGGCAGGAAUUUAGUGGUUAUGUUCAACAAGUGAAAUAUGCAAUGUCAAGAAUAAAAACUGCCAUGCCAAGGAUCUAUGAGCUCGCAGCUGGGGGCACUGCUGUUGGUACAGGUUUAAAUACUAGAAUCGGCUUUGCAGAAAAGGUUGCCGCGAAAGUAGCUGCACUUACAGGCUUGCCUUUUGUCACUGCUCCAAAUAAAUUUGAAGCUCUGGCUGCUCAUGACGCUCUGGUUGAGCUCAGUGGAGCCAUGAACACUACUGCCUGCAGUCUGAUGAAGAUAGCAAAUGAUAUUCGUUUUCUGGGUUCUGGUCCUCGGUCAGGUCUGGGAGAACUAAUCUUGCCUGAAAAUGAACCAGGAAGCAGCAUCAUGCCAGGCAAGGUGAACCCUACUCAGUGUGAAGCAAUGACCAUGGUUGCAGCCCAAGUCAUGGGGAAUCACGUCGCUGUAACCGUUGGAGGCAGCAAUGGACAUUUUGAGUUGAAUGUUUUCAAACCAAUGAUGAUUAAAAAUGUGUUACACUCAGCCAGGCUGCUAGGGGAUGCUUCAGUUUCCUUUACAGAAAACUGUGUGGUAGGAAUCCAGGCCAAUACAGAAAGGAUCAACAAGCUGAUGAAUGAGUCUCUAAUGUUGGUGACAGCUCUCAAUCCUCACAUAGGGUAUGACAAGGCAGCAAAGAUUGCUAAGACAGCACACAAAAAUGGAUCCACCUUAAAGGAAACUGCUAUUGAACUUGGCUAUCUCACAGCAGAGCAGUUUGAUGAAUGGGUAAAACCUAAGGACAUGCUGGGUCCAAAGUGAUUUAAAUAAAUUUAUAAUGAAAAUAAACAUGUAUACAAUUUAAAAAAAAACAGACUCCUAUUUCUUAAAACUGGGUAAGUUUGAAAGGAAACUGCUGUUUAACUUAACUAUCUCUAGCGGAGCAGUUUGAUCAGUGUAUAAUACCCUAGGAUGUGCUAGGUCCAAGGUGAAUUAAAAAGUGUAAAAUAAAAUACAUUUAUAAAAUAAAAAAGACAAUAGACUUAAA